AUGAACACAACAGAUUUGAAAUAUUUAUCUGAAGCUGCAGCAUCGAUGAAAGACAAAAUUAAUGAAAAAGGUCGACCACAUAAUGAACGUUAUCCUUUUCAAAAGCAGCAUCCACAAACAACAACACAUCUCUUGAUGAAAUACAGUGAGCGCCAUGUACCUAUUCUUUAUGGCCCACAAAUUCCUCAACAAGAUCGUGAUGAUACUCGAGAACGAUACAGUCGAGCUAUUCUCACACUUUUCGUACCUUGGCGCACUGUUAUUGAUCUUUGUAGCGCCAAUCAAACAUGGGAAGAUGCUUUUAAAUCUCGACAAAUUCGUAUUUCUAUUCAUUCAUGGAAGAUCAUAGAAAAUAUUCAACUUUUACAUGAAUGUAAAAAGGAUCGCGAUGAACAUUUACUUCAAGUUAUUACUGAAGCUCAAACACAUAAUGAUACAAUCAAUCCCGUUCUUUUGCCUGCAAAUCAACACAUUGAUGGCGAAUAUGAUAUGGACGAUAGUGAAGACUUAUUAGAAUUAAUAGGCAAUAUAGAUGAAUACACAACUGCAGUGGUUAAUGCCACAAAAAGAUCAACAGAAGAUAAAUAUAUUGAAGAAACUAUUGAAGCAGUCGAAAAUGUUGGACGAUUUAGUUAUAUAAAUACUCAUUGCCAAUCUUCUUUAAAUGAAUUUAUCGAUACUUCGAAUCAACAACUUGUACCGUUCGUUUCUGUAGCACCAAAUCUUGUUCGAUUAAACAUAAAAUGGCAAGAACAGCUGAAAGCUGAGAAAGAACGAGUUAGAAGAAGUUUAAUUACAGGCAACUAUGACAAAGCAGAUGAUACAAUAGAUUUACAUACUGCAAAAGAUGCUAUUGUUACAGUGGUGAAUCCAAAUAAUUAUAAUAAAAACAAUUUUGAAAACUAUGGCUUAAUUCUUCUAGUGGUCUCAGUCACAACCAACUCUCCUACCCAAAAAAGCGUUGCAGAUGAAUUUACAUUAAAAAGAGAACAACGAGCUGCAUUCAUGAUAAUAACAAGUUAUCUUGAUGGAGACAGCCGAUGUCGUACAGGUGAUAAUAAUGGUCAACUUAUAAUGUGCAUACCUGGAUGUGGCGGUACAGGCAAAUCACAACUUUUUCGUGCUGUUGAAUAUGUAUUAAUCGAUGAAAUGAGUAUGGUUGGUUUAAAUUUACUAGCAAAACUUAAUCGAAUUAUUUGCUCUGCAAAACAUGUUGAUCCUCAAGUUCCAUUUGGUGGUGUGAAUGUUAUCUUCUUUGGUGACUACUUCCAAUAUCGGCCUGUUUAUAAUGCACCAUUGCACACCGAUUUUUCAUUACCAUCCAAAAAGAAAUCGGGUAAGCUACCCACAGAAAAAGAAAUUCAACGACGUGUUGCACGUUCUUUAAUUCUUCACAUUAAUUGUAUGGUAAAACUUACUCAACAAAUGCGAACAGAAGAUCCACGGUACCUUCAAUUACUCGAACGACUUCGUCAUGGACAAUGUAAUUACGACGAUUAUGAAUUAUUGUUGACGCGAGUUGUUGGACAAUCAUCAGUAGAUUCUCUACGCGAUGAACCUUGGAAUAAAGCUCCGAUUCUUGUGUUCCGAAAUGAAGUACGGACACAAUUGAACAACAAGGUAGCAAUUCACAAGGCAGCAGAAACGAGACAAGCACCAAUUAUAUGUGUGGCUCAAGACACUUGCAAAGGCGAACCAAUUGAAGAUCCAAUACUCGUUAAAAAACUGCUAGAAUUAUCCGAUAGCAAAACAGAGCAUCUACCAGGUUUGCUACCUCUAGUUCCUGGAAUGCCUGUUAUUUUAACACAAAACGUUGCUAUUGAAUUGUGUCUUAUUAACGGAAUGAAUGGUAUCUUUCGACAACUUGUCUACGAAGAAGAUUCUGUGUCAACAGAAGUUCUUUCCGAGACAUUUCCAAGCAACACACAAUACAUUCGUAAACCUUCAUAUGCAUUAGUUGAAAUUGUCAAAUCGAAGUUCGAAUGUAACCUUGAACAACUUCAAUCAAAUCUUAUUCCGAUACCGUUAAUGGAACAAACAUUUCGAAUUGAUAUUGCCGAUGUUCUACCAAAAGAUAAGAGACCAAAAUCAAAUCGAAAGGCAUUUUAUCAGUAA